CUGUGCUUUAGCAGCAUGCAGAAGGCGUGAAGCUGAGCUUCAGUUCACAUACAGCGAUGACACGGCAUCCUGUUCUGCUGUAGCUGCUAACAACGACUUAUGCCUUACAUUUGGCUAUUCUGAGGCCUCUCCGAACUGAGCCCCUCUGUUCUGUUGGAUAUGGCUGUGUAGUAGCUCAAGCUGAAGAAUGGGGCGGACAGAAGACAGUCAAAGAGCAAGUUCUGCGAGGGCUGGUGGGCGGAGCGCUGCUGUAUCUUACCCCCGAUAAUUACCCAAGGUAUACUGAACGACAGAAAAAGGCCAGAGGUAAGUGUAGCUUUUCAGUUAUAGUAUAAGAAUAUUUAGUUCCGUGGUUGGUUUUGUGCUCUUUUACCUGCGCGAGUGUAAUGUAUGGAUCGUGUUACAAAACUUGAAGGUAGACUUUUCAAUUAAAUACGUUUCAAUAUGGGUUAAAGGUGAUCGUUCAGCCGGCUAUUUGCGAUAAUAGAGAGCUGGCAAAGUAUGAAGAUGAAGUGAAAUGUCGUUUCCGAUGACAAACGUGUCCAGCAGAUGUGAGGACCUUUUAGAAAAAAUGCCUUGGCAGGGACAUACGCGGCUGUCACGGAGCUUCUAAAGUCUGUGAUUGCAAUUUGCAGGCGCUGUCCCCAGCAUGUGCUUGAAGAAUGACCGCUAAUGCCUCCUGGGACUCCAGUAGGGGGAGCCAAAGCGCUGCAGGGGAAGGCGAUGGCCUGGUCUCCAUCGAAUCGAACAUUUAUCGCAGCCUCCAAACCAUUCUCCGGGAGCUGAACAACCACACCUUGACUGUGUCACAAAGUAAAGGAGUACUGAGAUGGACACUGCACAAGACAGUUCUGGAGAGUCCCAAGCACUGUGUGCUGCUGGUGAAGAUACUUGUGAAGGAACUGGAGAAGGUAAAGAGGUUACAGUACAGGACCUACAUCAUCCCGCUGCUCCACACACUCAUCUAUGCUGUCUAUCAGUCGGUUUACCUUCCUGAUGACCUGUGUCAGAGGACCUACGAUCUCUGCAAGCAACUGCUGACUCUGCCGCACCCUUAUUGCACGAUAGGCCUCGCCUAUGCCAGGCUAAUUAAAAUGGAGCAGAUCACUCCAGGUGCCCUGUAUCAACGGCGGAUCCUUGCAGAGCAGCGACUGCAGAACAGCAGCUUCUCCUUGCAGGAGAAGGUCUUUGUGUUUGCCGAUCCUGCCGUGUUCCCAGACUCCCUUGUGACCGGUGUGGCGGCAGAUCUGGAGCCGGAGGCCACAUUCCCUGGCGAGCUGGACUCCGUGGGUGCGAUGGUGUUGCACACUCUGCAGGCAGCGAUGGGCGAGUCCUGUAAUGGGGCCGCGCUCAAACAGGCCUUGGAGAGCCUUGGCUGCGUGGUGGAGCUGUUCUUUCACAAGGUGGUGUCCACUCUGGCCCAGCACACAGGAGACGUGGCAGCAGACCGCAACAGUUACUGCGCCAAGCUGCAGCGGAUUUACGAGGAGAUCCUCAGGACAGCCAGGCUGGAUGCCUCUGAGGGCGGCCCCUUGUGCAGCUGUUCCCUACCCAACCCGGAGCUGAACUUCCGAAUAUGGCGGGAAGACAAUGAGCUGUGGGGAGCAGUGAUUAAAUUCGUCCGGGCAAGCUCACUGAAUUACAGCCAGGAGUGUGAGGAACCGCCCACAGCCAGCCUGGGGGGAAGGUCUCGUCAGCUGGUCACGUCCACAGACAGUGGGAUCAUGCGGGACAUAGGGACACAGGAUCAGCCGUCUCUGACCCGGAGAGCCGGCCAGCGAAGGAGGCUCACCCAGUCGGACAGGAUGGCGCUGAUGAGGGAGUCCUUAGAGGAGCCGCACGCCACCACCGGUGCCCCUCUCCCCAAAGACGAGCGGCCUUUCACUGCCCGAAUCGUGGUGAUGGGAGACGACAGGACCGUCGGCAGAUUGGCUAAGGCCUACCACUCUCUCAGGCAGAGGGAGGCAAGAUGUCUGUAUUUAACUACAAAGGUGAGCCUGGAGCUGUACUACAUCCCUGUCAGCAGUGAGUCUCCUGUAAGCCUUUCUGAGGAGGGAAACAUUUUCCCCCAAACAAAUUUGGCUGUGAGCUCGUACCUGGAAAAGAUGGACCCGUGGUAUGAGUGCAACAUCAGCAGCUUGGGACGCAUGAUUCCCAAGAUGGCGAAGAUGCCAGCAAGCCCCAACAGAAGGCGUAAAUCUGAUUCCUUCCUGCCUGAUGUUAUUUCCUACUACAUCCGCACGGCCAUUCAGCCCAUCUACCUCACCAUCUACUCUGUAAAGAUCAUCUUCUUCAAUCCAGGAAGUACUCCCGUGGAGGACGUGUUUGUCUGUCACCUAGAACUGGACUUCCCCAAUAUCAAAAUGACCCAUAUUAAUGAGGGAUCAUUCAGGAUCACAAGAAGCACAGCAGAGCUGGAAGGAGUGAUGAUUUCUGUCAAAUACAAGAGGUUGUCUGUCAGCAGUAGGGAGGAAGACACAGCGGUUUCAUUAAGAGUGUUGUCCGCUUUCAUUGACGCCAUUCCCACUACCGAAUCAGAAGAUCCAGAUCUCAGCUGCCUCACCGUGAAUUUUGGUAACUUUAAAAGCGCACGGGAGGUCUCUGUCAGAACGUGCAACAUUAAGAUCAGGACUCUGGAGAACAAAGCCUUCUGCGUUUGUCUGGAUAAGGAUUCACGCAGGACCUUCAAGGACGUUCAGUGUGUGGAAAUUUCCCGUUGCCUCGAUCCGGGGUUCAGCCUUCAGAAGCCCUCAAAGCCUCAACCUGCAAAUUUCAGUCUGGGGGAUACCAAGGAUACUGAGGAGGAUCACAGCGCCACCCACAGUUUACCGCUGCCAUUGAACACUUUCGCUGGUGUAGGUCAUUGACUCCGCAGAGGCGGAGGUGGACAGAUUUACAAUGUUUACAACAGGUAUCCCCAAGCCAGGGAGAUGGGUGGCCUCCUGCAGUGUGUAGAACACACCAACGCCUGCUCCAACCUCUUCAGACACUUAGCUAUGACCUCCUAAGAGCAUUGUGUAGACUGAGCUUCCCUUUCGUUUUUGAAAACAGGAAGGUGUAACCUUAUUGUGCCUCAUCUCAGGACCAGAAUGCCCUGACGUACAAGAGCAAGUUCUGUUUUGUCACUGUCGGCUGCUCUUAAACUUAUUGUGUCAAAAGACCUGAUCUUCUGGAUACUCCUAACAGGUGAUGAAACUGUCAACAAUUAUUUGAAUGGGGACGGGCGGGUUUUGUUGAUACAUUCUCUCAUUCACUGUCAUGUGAUAUGUAUUAAUUUUAUGUGGUGUGUGUUUAGGAAGGAUAACUUAUCUUGUAAGGUCUUGAAAAGUCUGUGAUCUAUAUAGUCAACAUCUGUGAAUGUACAAAUGGGAAACUUCGGUAUUUAUUGCACGAACACUAUUGUGUAAAUACAAACUAAUUUUUAGCUUUGAAAGAGGGACAAUUUUAUUGAGUUAGACAUAACUUGUUGUUUCUACAGAUCACAGUUCAAUAGAGGUUUGUGCAUCCAGUUCUCAUUGUUAUUGCCUUUUAUAGUGAUUGUCAGGGGAGACAAGACAGACCAUACUGGUCACAUGAAUAAACUGCUACUGUCUAACUUGCCCAAC